AUGAAUGCAUAUAAUCAAAUGGAUAGGACAGAAACUAUCAUGAAAUCAUCGUCAGGAAUGCAGAAUUCCAAAAUGGAGUCUUCACCCGAAGAAAUUGAAGAGGCCUUUAGGUUAAUUGAAGAUCUAAAGUUCUUUCUAGCUACUGCUCCCGUAAAUUGGCAAGAAAACCAAGUAAUAAGAAGGUACUAUUUAAAUAAUGAUCAAGGUUUCGCAUCUUGUGUGUUCUGGAAUAACCUUUUCUAUAUCACAGGCACAGAUAUUGUCAAAUGUUGCAUAUACAGAAUGCAACAGUUUGGUAGAGAAAUCAUACAGAAAAAGAAAUUCGAGGAAGGUAUCUUUUCAGAUUUAAGACAUUUGAAGUGUGGAAUAGAUGCCGCUCUAGAACAACCAAAAUCUGAAUUUCUGUCUUUCUUAUUUAGAAACAUGUGUCUGAAAACACAAAAGAAACAGAAAGUUUUCUUCUGGUUUAGUGUUCCGCAUGAUAGAAUAUUUGCGGAUGCAUUGGAACGAGAUCUUAAGAGAGAAGCAUCAAACCAACCAUCGACAACACGCCCAGUUAGGGAACCUGCAAUUUCAUUUAAAUAUAAUUUUGUGUCAGAUGUUUCUUUAUAUGACCAACUCAAAGCUCAAACAUCUUCGAAGAUUACACAGCCUGAAAUGUCACCUAGUUUUGAAAUAGAUACGGAGAGCAACGCCGAGUUGGAAACAAAAGAAGAUCCACCAGAUUUCAAAGUUGAAGUCGAUCUACAAGAACAACUUUUUACUAAAAAUGAAUUGGAACUCGAUACUGUAUCUGAAGAGAUAUUUAAUAAACAACCUGAAUCUCUAAAGACAUUGGAUGAAUCCGAAACCAAGGUGAAUAGUGAGUUUACAGAAAAAGAAGGGGAUAUUACAUCUCAAGUGUUGGUAUUAGAUUAUGAUGAUAAUGUUGAAUUGAAUGACAAUUAUGAAACACAAGAGGAGAAAAGAAAGACUGAUCUGAUAAAUAAAUUGGUUGAAAUCGAUGAAGAUGAUUUUCCAUUAGAUUAUAUUCCAGUUGAAAUAGAAUAUCCAAAUCAAGAAAAUAUUUUACUGCAUGGUUUCAACAGUCAAUUCCCAGAUACUUCAAAUCAAAAAAAUCCAAUCUAUGAUAAUUAUACAAUGCCAAUGAACAAUUUAAAUCAAUAUAAUUAUCCAGAGGAUGAACUAAUCCAACCAAAUAAUAUCGUUUCAUAUCAAUUAAUGCCACCUUUAACUGCAUCUCAACCGAUGUUUCCUAUGGGUUGGGCCGUGCCGGCUACUGCAAGAACACCGUUCAUGUCAAAUAGUGAUUUCUAUAAUACAGUAAGAAGAGAACCAGGGGUCACAAAUUACUCAAAUAAAAAUAAUGAAACAUUUAAUGGUAAUGCCUUAUCGAGAGAAAACAGUAGGCAAGAAGAGGUUUUGGAAGAUAAUGAUACAGAAAAUAAUAAACAAUUAGACAAUGAUGACUUUUAUAACGAAAGAAAUAUAAAUAAUGAGAACACCAAUAAGAAGGACAAUGCCAGUAGCACUACAUCCAACAGAAGUUCUUUACCCAAUGAAACUGAGGAAAAUACUGACUCAAUAGCCAGAAGUCAGAGUGAUAAUAAAACUCAUCAAAGGAAUAAUUCGAAUAUCUAUGGCAUGAAUGGUUCAAAUCCAGAAAGAAAUUAUUAUAAUAACCAGACUAAAGGUUUGGAUCAUGAAGAACAAUAUCAACCUUUUCCAGUAUAUCCAAAUAUGCAUCCUAUACAAUUAUCAUAUAUUAACGGCAUGGUUCCACCGGGAAUGCAAAUGAAUUUCCCAGGAUAUCCAAUGAACAAACCUAUGACUGUUGCGGAAAAUGGAGACUUACCAGUCAGCGAUGACCUUCCACAAUCAGAAGACAUGAUGUAUGAUGAGUACCAUUAUUCGGGUAUGGAUCAGUAUGGAUGGUAUUGUGGAAUGCCUGGUGGAAUGCCUCCUUCUACAAAUUUCUAUUCACAAUUUCACACAACACCUGUGGUAAAACAAAAUGGAAUCCCAUCUAGAAAUGGUUAUAUUCAAACUUUGUCAUCUCCAUGGAAGUCACAAAAAAAGUAUCCACCAGCUAUGAAUAGUAAAGAACAAGCUCGUACUAAUCAACGGUCCGUUAAUUUGGCUCCUGAUGAGAGAUGGAGACAUUACAGAACUAAAACACAGACUAAUCCGAAUAAUAAGUUUACCUUUUCAAAAACUAAUAAGAUACCAAAAUAUAAUGGAAAUAACAAUAAUAGGAUUCAUAAAAACAAUGCAUCGAUCAAAAUUAAGAGAACAUACACGAACGCAGAUUUGACUAAUGAUAAUAACUCAAAUGAAAAAGAUUCAAAAGGAAAACGUUGA